AUGCUCAAGCAAAUGAUUCGCCCUAUGGGUCGCAUGUCCCCCAUGAGAACUUUGGCUACUGCCGCUUCUCCAAAAAUUAAGAAAUUUCAAAUUUACAGAUGGAAUCCUGACACGCCAGAAGUGGCACCAAAAAUGCAGACGUACGAGAUUGACUUAAAUGCCUGUGGUCCUAUGGUUUUGGACGCGCUUUUGAAGAUUAAGAACGAACAGGAUUCGACGUUAACCUUCAGAAGAUCGUGUAGAGAAGGUAUUUGCGGUUCUUGUGCCAUGAACAUUGGUGGUGUGAACACUUUGGCUUGUUUGUGCAAAAUCGAUGCCAACACCUCCAAAGACACCAAGAUUUACCCAUUGCCUCACAUGUACAUUGUCAGAGACUUGGUGCCAGACUUGACCCAUUUCUACAAGCAGUACAAGUCUAUCCAACCAUACUUGCAAAGAGAUGACCAUCCUGCUGAUGGCAGAGAAAACUUACAAAGCAUUGAAGACAGAGCCAAAUUGGACGGCUUGUACGAAUGUAUUUUGUGUGCAUGUUGUUCUACUUCUUGUCCUUCGUAUUGGUGGAACCAGCAACAGUACUUGGGCCCAGCUGUGUUAAUGCAAGCUUACAGAUGGUUGAUUGACUCAAGAGACCAGGCGUCUAAGUUCAGAAAGGAAAUGUUGCAAAACUCCAUGUCUUUGUACAGAUGUCACACCAUCAUGAAUUGUUCUAGAACAUGUCCUAAGGGGUUGAACCCUGGUCGUGCCAUUGCGGAGAUCAAGAAGCAAUUGGCCUUUGACUAG